CUCCGCCUACACACCAUGCUUUCAUUUUGACUUCUGCUCGAACAUCGAAGGCGAGGAAGAAGAGGUCUUCUUUGAUUCUUUCCUGCACCCGGUCUAGGCACGUGGAGCACGGGACGUAACUCUUGGUAUUUCACCAACCACCCCCCGAGCCGCUUACACGAGAGGUUAUUUUUUAAAAAUAUUUUUGGAUUCGAUUUUUUUCUUGGCAAAACCUGAUCAGCGAUUACCAACACAAUGCACACGAGCCUCUACAUAGGAUUGGUUGCUUUGCUCACGUGGUCCACGUCGAGGGCGUGUCCAGAGUUUUGUUUCUGCUUCGACAACACCUUUGUCACAUGCUCCAACUUCCAGAUAUUGGACCUGGCCAUGUUGCCCUCUCGCACGGACACGCUGACCAUCAGCUCCGGGGACAUUGACGAGUUGCCCAUGGGCUUCCUGGCCAUGGCUAAACGUCUGCGGUUCCUGGAGAUCUCUAAGCUGCGAGUCCGAGUGGUCAGACAGGGAGCUUUUAGAGGUUUGGCAAAUCUGGACAAGUUCUCUAUCACAGACUCUACGUUUGAUAUCGUGGAGCCGGAAAGCUUCAGUGGAAUGAGAUCUAUUCAAGAGUUUGAAAUCAUUAGCUCUCAGUUCGGAAGAGUCGGCAAGCACGCCUUCUCCUCCCUGUCGAGCAUCCGGAAAUUCACCAUCUGGCUUUCAUCCUUCGGCACGCUCGCCGACGAGGCCUUCUUCCGGAUGCACGACGUCACAUCCUAUCAAAUCUACUCCAGCAACGUCACCCACGUGGGCAGGGAUAUUUUCAAAGGGGUGAAGGGCGUCGAGGAGGUCGUAGUUUACGACAAUAAUAUUGAUUCCGUGUCAGAGAGAAGCUUCAGGGAUUUGGCUGUCACUGUCAAGAAACUGUCUGUCCGCCAAAACACGUUUGUAUGUUCCUGUAGCCUAUCAUGGAUAUUAACCAACCCAGAAAUGACGGACAAUGCGUGUGUUUUUCCUGGUCAGUUUUUCACCGCGAAGGAGAGAACCUUCCAGCUCCGGGAUCUGACUCCCGAGAUUUUAUGCUCUGCUGCUCAGCCAGUGCCACACAGCACAGAGGUGUCGCCAAGCGUCAGUCUAUUUCCUAACAGCAGCGACGACGUGCCCGAAGUCCACGACGACAUUCAAACUGAAAUUGAACAACCUUCAGAGGACAUUGGGCGAAGCACGACGGAGAAAGUGUCCGAACCACAGAUACUUCCGGUGAUCGAAACGUUUGACGAUGAUUUGACCUUCAUUGACCAAAUCCUGUUUGAAGACAAUAUAUCCCCGACCUUGAUGGACAAUAACGAAACAAUGUCUGUUUCCAUUGAAGAAAGUAACUUUGAACUGGAAGGCGUCUCCCCAGAGCCCACAAGACAGCUCCAUGAUAUAAUAUCCAUGGUUGGCACAGUUCAUGUCAUUGAGAAUGUGACUCAGAGUGUAAUAGACAUGAGUGGCAACCAUUCCGUAGAACUAGUCCUGGUGGGAAGCGCUAAGGUCGUCACGGAUAAUCCGGAACAAACGUUUGAAACAGGGGACACGAGCACGGAAGACAAUAGCAUGGAAGCCUCUGUGCACAUAGUGGGGGAGUACAUUGAAGCCUCUGUUACACCUGCGUAUCAAGAAGUGGAUCUGUCUCUUCCUUCUGAACACGACACGCUACCUCAGCCGAAAUUUCCGGACAACGCAACGACUGAUCACGCGGUGGUCACGUGGGAGCAAGAGAACGUCUACUUUGACCAAAAGACGCAGCUGUCUUCUUCAGAACACGAAGACGACUUCGGCUCAGAGCCAUCGUUGGAUGAGUUCCUGGACGAAGACUCUGAAAGGCGGGAAAAUAGCGUCACCGAGGACAGCGAAGCCGGCAACGAUUCCUCAGCCACGAAAGUUGUGGUCGAUAAAUUGGCUCUCGCUGUGAGUGGAAGAGUGAACGAGCAGGCUCGACACGAAAUGCACGAGAGGAAAGACGAACGGAAGAAAAGAAAACCUGGCAACUCUGAGAUGAGCCUCCGUGCAAGUUUACUCGGUGUUUUAGCCAGCUUACUCUUCUGCAUACUGCAUUGGUUAGCGCUGGUGUAAAACUUUUGCUUUCCUUCACAGAGUUCAGACAAUUAAAUCAUCAAUGUUGGCAGCUAUUAUAAAAACAAACAACAACUGUGUACCUGGGACUAAGCAUUGUAUUCAGAAGUUACCACCAGACAUUCUACAUAACAUGAGCCAUUAACAAAAUUAAUCUAGCUCAUUUGCUUUCUUGACAUUGCAACUUGAAACGCUGUCCGGUUAUUCCCAAACUACGACCCGCUGGUCACACUCGGCCCAUGCCUUCCUGCCCCUCGAACCUUCUGCCCACUGCAUUGUAAAGCCGGAGAGCCUCAAUUUCAUGGGGCUUGACGAUUGGCUGUAAAUGUCACGUGUACCUUUGGCUCCCAGACGAAAAUGGUUGGGCAUCACUGCUAGUAACACUAAGUCAACGAAGCCGGCUUAAUUCCGGCUUAAUUCCGGCCUAAUUCAUUUUUUUCCCGUUUUAUUUAUGCUGUGAUAUUUGGUUCUUGAAUUAUGAAAUGAAUAUGUCAAGCUAAGCAAUCUUCCAAGGCCCGAAUUCUCUACUUCUACAACAGUCAUUAAUCUCCUUUGCUUUGCAGAAGUAAGAUUACUUCCCUUGGCCUAGCUUCUGCUUCAGUCUAUAUCGUCACGAUCAAUUAACACUGACGAUCAAACUUCGCCAUGGAAAUUUGCAAUUAGCCAGUAAAAAAAUUUGGCAGAAAAAAAUCUCUGGAUCUGGUAUGCUAAUCAUUUUGUAAAUAGCACAUACAUAUACUAUGACUCGUUUCAGUGUAUCUUGUCUAUACCAAAGAAAUACUUUAAGUCCUGGUGUAUACCUAAACUAAUCUAAUGGACAUGUUUGAUUGGAGAAAGGAGGCGCGGUGGCUGAGUGGUAAAGCGCUUGGCUUUGGAACCUGACGGUUCGAAUCCUGGUGAAGACUGGGAUCUUUACUUUCGGGAUCUAUAGGGCGCCUCUAAGCCCUCCCAGCUCUAUUGGGUACCUGACAUUUGUUGGGGAAAAAGUGGAGACGCUUGCUUGGUCUUUGUGCUGCACUCGUAGCACCCUCGUUAACUGUGAGCUACAGAAACAGAUGGCCUUGACUUUAUUUGCCCAAUAGACUACGUGGUCUGAAACGGGAAUUUUACUUUUUCCCUUGAUAGAAAGGAAAGUAAUCAAACAAGCCUACACGCAGAUGUAUGCACAAUGACUAUAAAGUGGUUAACAAUUAAUACAGAGUUAUUGUUCUUCUCUUUUGGCACCUGGGUUUAUCCAAAGAACAAAAGACAAACUUUUAGACUUUAAAAUACCCAGAAAUACAUAGAUUAAAAAGACACAUUUCUUAUUUCAUAUUUUAAGACAAAGUUAUGUGAGUACUCCUUCAUCCCAAGUGCCAUUAGAACACGGAUUUCCAGAAUCAGCCAGGAAAACCAGUGACAUGGCAGAGUUUAAGUCUCUUAAUUAAUAUGCACGACUAAAUUAUACAUGGAUUGGAUUAAGAAGUAAUUAUUUACUUUAUUUGAAUGUACAUUUGUAAUUUAUAUAAGUAUAUUGUGUUUAAUGUAGGUUUUUUUGUGUGUAUAAAAGGUGGGGGAAAGUUAAAUAUCAGAAUCUGUACAAACUAGGAAUGGCUUAUACACAGAGCUGUUUUAAAUGUUUGACACUAAAAAACGUUACAUGGUGCGACAGCAAAACACAAGAUGAAAGUUAAAACAGCACAGUUUAGGUAAAACUCGAUUACCCGUGUAAGCAAGACGUGUGUAAGCAAGAAAAGUGUAAGCAGACGUUCUUGGAACUCGUUGAUCCUGUUCCAAAAAAAAAAAGUUUUUUUUGGCAAUACUACAUGAGUUCACGUUCUUGCUGUUAUUACAGUUGAGUUAUUUUGGCAGUACUGAACGGUUGCUGCGAACAGACGAACUCCUUAAUUACAGAAAGGGGAGACAAAAAAACGCGCGUUUUUGUCUACUGGCAUGUUACAACAUGAUGGUUAUCUAACUUUAAACAAAGAUAGCACUGAUAGGCGUCCUUUUCGUUUGUAUAUAUCAGGCCAUGUUUAUACAUCUCAAUACUACGUUUAUCCGGAAUUCCAAUUACGUUUUUUCCCCCCAUGCUGACCUUUAUGUGACCCACAAGUGACCUUCAUAUGUGUGAGCGAAACAUUGGAGAGGAAAGAGAUAUUUUUAGGUACGGUGGCUCCAUCUCUGAAGAGUCACUCGUGACAUGCUGUCUUUGCAUUAUGUUAAUUUGAAAGGUCAAGAAGUUUUGUCUCCGCGUUGAGAGGGAACUAAGUUAAAAAUUAAGUGGAUUGGAAUUGAAGUGAGGGGGGGAGGUUACCGAGAAACAAAGACUGAAGAGAGAGAGAGAGAGAAAGUGAGAGAGAAAGGGAGUGAGAGAAAGAGAGAGAGAGAAAGGGAGAGAGAAAGAUAAAAGGAAGAGAGAGAGAGAGAGAGAGAGAGAGGGAGAGAGAAAGGAGAGAGAGAGAGAGGAGAAAGAUAAUGGGAGAUAGAAUUGGGGAGAUAGAGAGAGAAAGGUAGAGAGAUAGAGAGAGAAAGGUAGAGAGAUAGAGAGAGAGAUAGAGAGAGAAAGGUAGAGAGAUAGAGAGAGAAAGGUAGAGAGAUAGAGAGAGAAAGGUAAAGAGAUAGAGAGAGAAAGGUAGAGAGAUAGAGAGAGAAAGGAAGAGAGAGAGAGAGAGAUAGAGAGAGAAAGGGAGAGAUAUAGAGAGAGAAAGUGAGAGAGAUAGAGAGAGAAAGUGAGAGAGAUAGAGAGAGAAAGGAAGAGAGAUAGAGAGAGAGAAAGGUAGAGAGAGAGAGAGAGAGAAAGGUAGAGAGAGAUAGAGAGAGAAAGGUAGAGAGAUAGAGAGAGAAAGUGAGAGAGAUAGAGAGAGAAAGGAAGAGAGAUAGAGAGAGAGAAAGGUAGAGAGAGAGAGAGAAAGGUAGAGAGAGAGAGAGAGAGAAAGGUAGAGAGAUAGAGAGAGAAAGUGAGAGAGAGAGAAAGGAGAGAGAGAGAAAAAAGGAGAGAGAAUUGGAGAGAGAGUGAAAGGUAGAGAGAUAGAGAGAGAAAGUGAGAGAGAUAGAGAGAGAAAGUGAGAGAGAUAGCGAGAGAAAGUGAGAGAGAUAGAGAAAGGUAGAGAGAGAGAGUGAGAGAGAUAGAGAGAGAAAGUGAGAGAGAUAGAGAGAGAGAAAGGGAGAGAGAUAGAGAGAGAAAGGGAAAGAGAUAGAGAGAGAGUAAGUGAGAGAGAUAGAGAGAGAAAGUGAGAGAGAUAGAGAGAGAAAGGGAGGGAGAGAGGGAAAGAUAUAGAUGGUAAUGAUGGGACUUGUUGGAAGAAGCGGGUUAGGUUAAGGAUCAAAUAAAGAUGAGAGAGGAAGAUAGAGAGGCAUCUCUCUCUCUCUCUUUAGAUAUAUAUAUAUAUAUCAGAGAAAGAGAAGGAGGUACGGGUAGGGGGAAGAGAAGAGAGAGAAGUAAAGAGAUGUAUACACAGUACCAAUGAUAAACACCUCGACCUAAUAUCAUUCUGUUUGAACGAGUGGGGUCUGUCUUCCCUAGUGCUAUUAAAGCAUGGAAUGG